UGGGACUUCGACUCUUAAAUCUUUUUGACGCGAACAUUACCUCCUUCGUGGACCUAUCUCUGACGGGAUCGCGACGAAAAGCCAACCCGGAGACACUCCUUGAAUCCGUAAAAAUGUUGAACACCAUUUCAAAGCUUGCCGCCCGCAGCGAUAGCGGUGAUGGGCUGUCCCCCGCCAUGGUCGACCUUCUCAUUUCGCUAUUGGUACUUGUCCUACUCGGUCUCGUUCUGAUCGGGGCUUUGCUUGUUCUGCGUCGCAAGCGGAUGGACCGCAGUCUUUCCGACCUCCCCGUGCACAACGGGCAAUGCGUGCCCAGCCACCGCCGCUUCACAGUGUCCGCCUCGCCGAAUGCUAAGACGGAGUCGGUCCUUGUUUACGACGAGAAGCGCAGCCUCAUUGAAAACUCUUCGAGCCCUCCCCCCAGCCCGGUUCCCGAGAUCCGCAUCACUUUCCCGGAGGAGGAAGACGAGUCCGGAAAGCGCAAGUCAGGCCGUGUGGUGGUUGUGCGGAUUAGUGAGGCCGGUAGUGUUGGCUUGGAACCUUGCAACGACGAGCUGCCGCCCUAUCAAACAAGCGAUGCUGAACGGUUUCAGUCAUUGGAUAUCGAGCGCAUGGGUGGGCUCAAAGAGAAGGAGGCUUCUGCCAGAUGGUCUUAAAAGACUUGUGCUGGUGAAUAUGAGAACGGCCAUUUGUUACACCCACUGAUCUCCAACUGAUACCCUCGGAUGACCGAAUCUCCCCCCUGUCGCCUCCUCAAACGAUACUCGAAAAAGCAUCACGAUCUUCAACCCGCCGCUUGCUUCGUUUCCAUAUCCAUAUUUUGAACACUCCAAUU